UUUUUGGUUGUUAGGUCUGAAUAGAUUAACUGUUAGUUGCCAGUUUGAAGUGAAGCGUCUCCUGUUUUGGCGUCUUUGACAAUUUUAUUAGCCUGUUCAUUCAGCCUCCGCAUUUCUUGAGUUGGUGAAUGAGUCUGAAAGUGAGCAUGGUGCAUGGUUUGUUGCGUGUAUGGAUCCCAAGGGUAAAGAUACCUACAAGGUAUUAAGGUACUACUACAUUCACUUGCUAAUCCCGAUUGCUGUUUUGGGUCUGACGCAAAAUUCAACCCACUGCUGCUGCUGCAGUUGUCAUUAUUCGCAUUAGUGGCUGUUCAAAUAAAUACACACACAGGCAAUUACUUUUCCCCCUUUAAUUCCCCCAGCUUUUUGUUAUUUUUCAGUUUCUUAUGCACUGUUUGUUGCUAUCGUCUUCCUAGACUUAUCAGGCAGUUAUACAUGGAAUUCAUUUGUUGUCAUUUAGCAGAAGAGAAAUGAACAUUGUUUUGGUUAUUUUUGAUUUUAUGAGCUAUUUUUACGCAUUAACUUUUAAAUGUCUGGUUCAAUUUUGUGGUUCAAUUCUGGGCUCUACAGGAAUAGGUUUAUACGAUAUUAACGAACAAUCUGAAAGUUAAAGGGUUUAUACAAAGUUUGAAUACUUGAUGGUUUUUGCUACUGGCUGUUAGGUCGGUUUCAAUGUUUAGUCAAUAGUUAUUCCGACCAUUUUGAAAAUUGUGGAGGAAGUUUGUUUCGGGUGUGUUUUAAUUUUCUUUUUUUUUUUUAUAAUUUCCACGCCAAAUCAGGCACAAAUAAUCAUCGGAAUGGGUCGAGUGAUAUACCAAUUUGAAGCCCUUUCAAUUGUGAUUCGAACGACAUUUUAAAAUUUUCAAAAAGUUUUCUCAGUAUCGAGAAAAAAUGGUUUAUGUAGUUUAUUUUUAUUUUUUAAGCUAAAAAAGCAAUCGAGCAGGCUAAUAACAGCCUAAUUAUGCUUAAUAGAGUUUUUAGCGUCAUUUUGUGAAAUGAAAAAUAAACCUGUUCUCGAAAUUUUUUUUUGAUUUUCUUCUAAAUUUUUUGUCCAAUUUGCCGUUAUUACCAUGACUGUCGAACAUGCCUAAACACGCCGAAUAUGCCGAAUUUACGUCAGAUCCUUUUUUAUCAGACCAUGUUUAGAAAACUACACUAAUUUGAAAAACCGUAGCCGGCUAUCCUUGUUUUUGGCUGUAAUUGUUCCGAUCAGUUCACGAAGUAGAAAGUAACUUUGAAUGUGGUCGUGUGUUUUACGGCGGUUUUGAUAUGCCGAAGAUAAUCGUCAGGGAUCAUUACGCAAGGAAAUUCUUGUUUUGUCAAAAUAACUCGCACAAAUUAGUGAUCAAUUUUUGUUUUAAAUUUCAGUUUGCGUGUGUUGGAUUUCAUAGCUCCCAGUUUUCAUAAGUAAACUACAAAAUGAGAUCAAUUUCUUUUUAAGAUCACUUCAUUUUCUUUGGUGAAAGGAAGGCAAACUCCACAAUCGAACAGUCAAAGUGUACUGGUCACGAAAAACGAGAUCGAUUUCUUAUUUCGAGAAUGAAAUUUAGUCAUCAGACUUCUCAGCGAAUGAAUAAUUUGACCUUUUGAUCCAGUUUUCUCAAACUGAGUUUAUUUUAAUUUAACAAAACAAAAAAAAUUUCGCCAAAUUCAAAGAGCUUAUAUUUUUUCUUUAAGAGUCGAAAGAAGUCAGUUUUUUGUUCUGUUCACUUGCGUUCAUUACUUUUUUUCGAACUGUUGGCUAUGUUUGAGACUGAUUUUUCAUGGUAGUUAUGGAAUCCCGCCAACCAACUGUGUACUGUUAUAAAUGUCUUUGAGGAUUUAAUAUCCAGUUAUGGUUUUUAGUGUUGGUGUUUAGUGAACAGUAAAGCGAUAUAGCGCAGUUAUAAAAACAAUUGACUCGAACAAGAACGAAGUGAUUUUCAAUUAUAUAGGUCUUGAUGUUUUUUUUAUGUGUUUUCAGGUAAAAAUCUUGAAGUUGCCCACACUCGAAUUUGUUUUUCCACUUCAUUUCCUUUGUUAAAUGAAGGCAAACUACCCUAUCGAACAGGAAAAUAGAAAAAGUCUUGAUAAACGUGAAUGACCUUCAGUUUCAAAAAGUCUUUGUUUUUCUGAGUUUCCAGAGGAAUAAAGAAAUAGGCUAUUGAUCCAGGUUUUUUCGAAAGCUGAAAAAAAUCCAGACAUUUGAAUUUUUUUAAGAAUUGAUGAACGUAGUUAAGACACUUAUAUAAGUCGCGUUGAUUUUCUUUUCGCUUUGUUAUCCAGUACAAGUCUUAAAAAUUGUUCAGGCUCAAAUUAAUUCUUUUGUGGGUUGACUUUUGGUUUCCUUGUAAGUUCAGUUUAAUUCUUUUGUUAAAGCGAAGGCAAACUGCGCUAUCGAACAGAAAAAUUUUAAAGUUCACGAAACACGUGAUCGACUUCUAAUUUCCAAAUAUCAGAAUUUCCCAGCGAAAUGAAAAUUUAACGUAUUGAUCCAGUUUCUCAAAGUGGUUCAAGUUCUACAUAAAAAAAUGGCAAUCAUAAACUGUUCUAGAAAUACAAAGAGCUUUUUGACCAUCUAUCGUUUUCUUGGAAAUUCGAGAUUUUUUAAAAGACAGGUCAUAUAUCUAUUUUGAUUACUUCCGUUCAUUAAGUAUUUUAUAGCCGUUUGCUGACUGUGUUUCAUUUCAGUGCAACUUGCUUUUUCGGAAAACAAAAUUUGAAUUGGCGCAAAAUUCGCACUUGACAUUGAAAAACAUAACAGAAAUUGAAAUUCUCGACACUAAGGCGGAGUUCUUUCAAGGAUGUUGCAGGAAGUUUGUAUGUAUGGACUCAAAAUAUGACUGCUCACCGCUAUUCAAUUUCCUAGAUAUGACGUUUAAGUGAUUUUUCAAAAAUUUUCAAAAGUCCUAGAUUUCAUUGAACCUAUACUUCAGAAUUUGAAAUUGUCGACACAUCGGUCGGGUGAAGUCAAGUUACUGCGAGCAGUUGUAGAUGUGGCUUCCAUACUAAUAGUUUUGCUCAAUUUUUUGAAUAUUUCGAAUUUGACGUUUUUUUUAUUAUUCAAAAAUCUUCAUUAAACUAAGAAAGAAGUAUUUUAAAAUUAAUUACGCUGGAUAUAUCUAUAGAUGAAGUCAAAUGAUAAACGUGAGGGCUAAUGAAAUUAAAGAACUAAGUUAAACAAGAGUCUCGUUUUUGCAUUCAGUGAUUUUGCCAAUGAACGAGAUUAAUUUGGAAAGUCCAGUUGUUUGCUACCGGCCAAUUUAGGGUUUUUGUUUUAAAUACGAAGAUAUGAAAUCCCAGUAGUUUUGGAGAUUUGACCAUUUUAAUUUUAAAAAAACCUUGGUUGAAACUUUUUAUUAUCGUUCAAUUUUUGAAAUAAAAAAGCGCUGUUAUAUGCACCGUCUAUUUUUACAGUUGCGUUCGUUUCCUUGUGUUAUAUAUACUUAACAUAAAUACAUACAUACAUAAUUGAUUAAAAAACGUGAAAAUUGCUUUUUUAUCAAGAAUAUAGAAGCAGUUUAUACGUGUUUUAAUCUCUUUGAAGCACCUGAGGUGCGUUACCCGCUAGUUUUUAUCAAAAAAUUGUCAAAAUAUUGAAACUAUAGGAAGUUUUAUGGUGCAGUUAUAUUGAGAAGUAUGUCGCUACUUUUCACCUGUAUGUCGGCUAUGUUAGCAUGAGUGUGCAACGUGCAAAAUCGCCUCUAUAUGAGGUUAUUCUUGUCGCUCACUUGGCGUUCUGUUUUUAAAUAUUUAAUUCUCCUGCAUCUUCUAAUUUUUCUCGCUAUUGUUUCGUAAUGUGGAUUUCUAUUAGAUUUCAUAUCGAUAAAAACAAACAGCGAAACAUCUUCUUGUAAUUUUUUGCUGUACGAUUGUUAAUCUAGAAGUUGAAUUAUGCCAUUUAAAAUGCUUAGCUCGUUAGGAAAAGAUGGUUGUUGGACUAAGAUUGAAAAAAUCCUUCCUGUCGUUUGGAGAGAUAAUGGUGAUGAUGAUUAUAACAAGGAUAAUGAAUAGCAAUCAGAUUGUAUUGCUGAUCGACUGACUUUGACAUGCCGUGUUGGGUGGCUAUUUGUGGGUGUCUUCUGUAAACUAAACCAACUUUUGGGCAUGAGUGUUGUUCAUUAAAUGUGUAAUAGGGAAAGAGCCUGGGGAAUUUUAUGCAAACUGAACUAUAAACAAGAUUUCAGGAGGACUAAUAUUUUUCCAUAUAUUAAUUUUGUAAGUUGAGCUGCCAAGUUGGAUACAUGUUGGUUAUAAAAAACACAAGAGCGGAAAUCUCUGACGGCGUGUUUUCGGUUUGCUUGAGCCUAUUCAAUCUCUGUAGAUAAAUUAGUGAUAUUUACUACCAGAUGACAGAUGUCUGUUGAUACUCUGGACCAAAUUUUUCAGGAUUUAAAUUGGCCUGCCUUCCAGCCAUAGUUUUCUGGUGGCCGGGUUGAUAAUUCAAAACAAGGUUUAUUUUAGUCCACUAUUUUUCUUCGUGCUCCAGCCAUUUGCCCAAAUUUAGUCUCUGUUAGUAAGAAAAUCAUUUUCUUACCAACAAGAAAUUAUCGUCUCAGCUCGGACUUUGUUGUGCCUUCGCAAAGUGCUAUUUUGAGUUGUGAUUGUCAGAAAAGAAGUAGGAUAAGGGAGGAAAGAGGGUAUUGUAGACGUUGCUUUGACAGUGGGCUGCUCGCUUGCUCAAAAUAAAGUAGCUCAUUAAGAAUUAAUCUAUCCGCGAAUUAAUCGAUAUUCCUUGUCCGUGUAAAACUGUACCUUUUUAUGCUCCAACUUAACAUGUGUGUUUGCUUGUGCGUGUUCCUUAUUUUCAAAAGACAUCGACGUUCCGGUGCUCUUUGACAGACGAAAAUGAAGUGUUUUUUUUUCUGCGUAUCUGAUCCAUUUCAUUUAGAGCUCUGUUCGGAAUACGUUUUGAUUAAUUUUUAUGGAAUGAUUUCGCGUGGCGAUUCCCAGGAGGGGUCCUUUUCAUUUAAUUAUUUUGUGGUCUUGCUUUCAGCUAGACUUAUUUUUGUGUCACGAGGAAGAAUAUUUUGAGAUAAAUCAUUAGCAAAAAAGAAAUCCUUCAAACCGCCAUAAUUCGUUGUUGACUUAGUGGUCCUGCUUAUUUGUAGCUUCCACCAAACAGAAAAAUGCGGAAAGAGUCAAGUAUUUACUUACAAGAAAGGUGAACUCUCUUACAGUUGAAGUUAUUAGAAAGUUUAUGCUCGGUUUUUAAGUUAUUAACCGAAUUGGAAAAUCGAAGUUAUCGUUCAACGAGAAAAAAAAUGGAUUGAAACUAAUUUCUUAUUGCAAUUAGACGGAACUUUUAUAGUAUAACUUGACGGAAAGACAGUUACGAGUGAACUAUAUUUGAUCUUAUCUGUUAUGUGAUGAGUUGCGAACACGUUGACGUCAACAUGGACACUGACAUGCACAGUGUUUCUAGUUUCGUCAGCAGUAGCGAAGAUAAGUCAGCAUCGGGGAGUGUAUCGCCGCCCCGUCCCCAGAACAACAGUGGUAUCUUCCACCUCAAUGCUGGAAACAAUUAUAAUUUGAACAACACUGGAGAGAGAAAUACAGUUCUAGGUGUCCAGGAGCGACAUUAUCCACCGACAUUGGUCUCGACUAGUUAUGGGGACUCGAGAUUUGUUUAUGGGAACUCUGCGCCUCUAGUCGUCGAUCUUUCGCAUGAUGUCUCAACUCACCCUAAAAUGAACACCAGUGGAAAUAACAGAUAUGGCGAAACCUCCGAAUUUUCUGGAAGAGCGAUUACUAUUGGGAAUAAUAGUGACAGGAUCUUUCAGCCCGUGCAUCUUCCGGGUCAGAAGUAUUCGCCACAGUUAUCAGAUGGAGGGCUUGGGAUAGUGUCAACGUUUCUAUUUCAUGACCUUCAACAAGAGUCCUCUAGUGUAUCUUCUCCUAUAUCAUCCAUAUCGCCACCAGUGGUCACCUCGCCAACGGAAGAAAGUGCCGAAAGUCCAGAGAAGACGCCAUCAAUUGUCAGCAGGAGUGACUUGACUAGACGCGCAGAGCGUGAGACUUCCAAAGCUAAACUGAUAUUCUCAAAUGCCCAAUUGGAGCGAAUCUCGAAACGAACAACCCCAGUGCAAUUUGAAGACCCUUGGCCUGUUAGGUCACAAUCAGUACUAGGUAAAGAACCCCCUCCAAAGCCAAUCAGAACACAUUCCAUGAGCCAGCGCAGCCAAAACCUUCCGAUCUCUGCUGUGGAUCACAGAACACCAUCAUAUCAUACCAUGUCAUUCGACGAGAAUUCCAGCGUUGAGAAGUUGGCAGCAACCUACACCAAAAGUCUUCCCAGGCCAAAUACAAGUAGAGAAUGGCUCUUGACAAACUCAAAGACCACAGGAAGUAUAAGCCAACAGUUAUCUUUACAAGUAGUAUCUACUAAUUACUACUCAACCGAUACUGAAGAUUUCCGAUCUCAGAGUCAGAUGCAAUUCAACCCUUCAUUGAAGUUAGCAAACGCUAGGCAAUCUUCAUCAAGCAGCGGGUUUUUGGCAAACAAGCAUCCUUUUAAUUUACGAAGCGAAGAAACGUUGCAAAUGGGCUUCGCUAAGAGAGGGAAUGCAAGAAUUAGUAACCCAGAAGAACAUGAAAUGUUUUCAUCGCCGAAUUCAUCGGCAUCAUUCGCAGAUGGAUAUUUUUCUACUGUUUACUGUGAUAACUCGCACUCUUUAUCUCUACCUCCUUCCAGUUAUUUCAUUGGUGCUGCUAAUCCUAAGCUUCCAAGUUCUUUUACCGUGCUGCCACAUUGGCUCUAUGAUAAAAUUUCUGUGGAGCUGGGAGGUGCCUGCAGCAAAGAGAGCAUGUCGAUAGUGACUAAUGAGAAAGGAGAGGUGGGUGCAUUUCGCCUCUGCUCCGAGUUGGCAUCCCUGCUAGACCACCAGGUGAAGACUUCCACUUCCUACACUCCAGAGAUAUCGACACAAUUCAGAGACCUAUUCCAGCUCAACUACAAUUUCAAUUGUUUGCUCCAAGCGCAUGACGUCAUAAUAGCCGAGUUGUUUGACAGCCAGUCAAACUGCUCCUCUCCUCUGGGUCCAUCGGCCGACCAGACCCAAUCUGGAACGACAGUCCAGAAAGCCUCUCCGAUGCCAACUACCUUGUCACUCGCCAAACACAACGCCCACUUCGGUAACAAUCCCUCGAUCAGUACCACCAUGUCUAACGGAAAUUGUGUGGGUUCCUCUGGUACUGAUAGUGGGGCACCCAACUCGCCUUUGAACUCUUCUCUUCCGGGUCACAAAGGCCCGGAAGUUACCAGGAUCAAGCAAGUGAAUUUCCACCGAAACAAGGGGGAACCUCUGGGCAUUACUCUGAAGAUUCUCAAAACAGACCAAGUGGUCGUUUCCCGUAUCAUGAUCGGAGGAAUGAUCCAUCGUCAGAAAAUUCUGAACGAGGGCGACGAGAUCUUGGAGAUCAACAGGCGCUCUAUCCGCAAACACUCUGAAGACGAGCUGCGAGAUCUGCUGAACCACAUCUCGGGCGACAUCGUGAUCAAAGUGACCCCAAAACAGUCCAACUCAGGUGCUAUCAACAAUCUAUCCGAGUCUUUCUUCGUGCGUGCAAUGUUCGACUACAGACCGGAGGAAGACGCUACAAGUCAAGCUGCGGCUGCAUUCGGACUUGCCUUUCAAGCCAGAGACAUCCUACAGAUCCUCAAGCACAAGACCCCCGAACCAGACUUCUCUCGAUCAGUCCAGUCGCUGGCCAGUCUAAAUAAUCCCAAUCACCAGUUCUCCGGUAACUCAUCAGAUUUUAAUAAAUCUUCAAUAUCCGGUGGCGGCGGACACGCGAUGACGCCACUCACUGAAAAUCAAAGGUGGUGGCAGGCCAGAAUAGUAUGCAGAGCGAAUGAGUCUGCCAAUUCGGUGCCAGAAGAUCUGGAAGUGCUGGAGAAGGGUGGGAGUGUGUUGAGUAGCAGUGGGGGUCAGUCGGGUGGUCGCAAAGUGGGUCUGGUGCCUUCGUGUUUGUGGAGGAUGGAGACGAUAAGAAACGAACAGCUGACAAGUGCGGAAAAAAUUAGGUCGACAUGUGGCUUCUUCUCGCGGCGGAAGAACAAGAGACUGAAUGUGGUGGAGCUGAGUGAGGAUGAGAUCUAUGAGCGGGUAGUGCAGCUGAAGGAGUGCAUGCCUCGCAGGAGUCUGCUGCUAGUAGGCGCACCUGGAGUCGGCAGGAGAAGCAUCAAGAAUGCACUCAUUCAGGUCGACCACCGCUUCGCAUACCCAAAACCACAUACGAGUAAGCCUGUGGACAGUGAUGCUGUAGACGAGAAUGGCAACUCACUGUUCCACCAUGUGCCCCACCAUGAGUUAGUGGCCUCGGCCAACAGGGGAGAGUACCUGGAGGUGGGCAAGUACAACGAGGCCUGGUUCGGCACCAAGUACGACACCAUAGACCGCAUCAUGGCCUCAAAUCUCAUUCCAGUCAUGGACAUCGAACCAGAUUCUAUCAAGAAGUUGAGGAAUUCCAAAUACAUGCCUUAUGUUGUCUUUGUUGACGCGCCUAGGACAUUCGACAGCUCGUCUCGUGACGACGCAAGUAUAGCUCAAUCGCUUGAACAGCUGUUGCAUGUCUCCAACGAAAUAGACAGACACUACCGAGCACUCUUCGACAUGCAACUAGAGAACCGACAGAUCGCGAAAACAGUCGAACUCAUUCGGGGCGCAUUCGACAGAGUGUGUACGAAUGCUCACGAGUGGGUUCCUAUCAGCUGGGUCUCAUCCUCGGUGCACCCGCAAGGCUCCGCCGCCACCUCUUCAUCCUACUUCUCAUCAUCAUUAUCAGCUACGAAUGCUCCUCAGGCGACGAACUCUACAUUGAACAGUGAGAGUAUAGCUCUGAGUCAACAGCAAAGAACUCAACUGAAAAGUAGCAAUGGGUCGGUUAAAAACAACAGUGCUAGUAAUCAACUCAGUUAGCAGAAGAAUUAGUUUAAAUAGGUCAUUGUCUAUCUAAAUUGUUGAAUACGCAGCUCGAACAUAAGUGGUCUGAACUUAUUUCUUUCGAAGUAAAUUGAGUUAACGUAUCAAAACUAUCCUCUGUAUGAUUUUUGGCUGCAGAGAUCAGAUCCCAAAUUAACAAAAUAUAAAUGUAUCUUCAAAAAAAAUGAAAUGCUCUGCUCGAGGAAGUUAAGUUACUAAAAAGUUUAAUUCAUGUUUCUUCGCGCCUUGAUGCAAAGCUUUCCGUUUUUUGCGUUACAUUCUGCAGUCAAUUGUUAACGAGUGCAACGUGUUCUAACUCUAAAUCUAAUGAGGUUAGAACUCCUUGCAGGUGAAUCUCAGGGGAUAGAAAAUGAUAGGCUCAGUUGGUACAGCAGGGCUUUAUAAACCGUCCAUCAUGUGUAGUCUAGUAAGUAACCUCACGUGCAUAUUUUACCCCAUAGAUGCGCGUUGCUAUCACUUUGUAUCUCUAGCAUAUUGCAUUUCUAAUUCAAAAUGUAGGGCAAAACCCGCUUCAAUCAAAAGUCUGGAUUUUGUAAAAUUUGUAAUUAGAUUACUUAAGCCCCUGUCUCUGCGUUAUUUUCAAAAUCGAAAUACGCUCUGCGUGGGUUGUUUUUUGGAUUGAUUUCCCUGGUGUAGUGUUAAGGUCAGUGCAUUUGUUUGAUGGUUAGCUCUUUGUUUCUUUGUUAACAUACAAGGAAGUAGUAAACCCAUCUCUGCUAGAAUCAAUCAUCUACUCAGCAAUGGAAUAUUUAUUUAAUUAAAAUGAACAUUUAUGAAUCAUUACGUAGAUUUUCACUGUAGAACUCUAUUUUGCAAUAAUUCGGAAUUUUAUUGUAUUUUUACUGUCAAUAUGUCAAUUUUGACUGAUAAAUGAACGAUUUAUUUUAUCCUGUCUGCUCAUUCGAAAUAAAAGGCUCCAAAUUA